AAUAAAUGGGCCGCGCCGGAAAUACCUUAUAUGAAUGGACGAUUCGCCACCCCAGAGGGCAUCUUGAGCACUCUCAUGAUUACAAGUCAUCCUAGAACCACAACCCUUCGAAAAUGCACACCUCCAACCUCGUUUCAUUCAUACUAGGCCUCGCUCCUCUCGCGCUAGCGGAUGAGGACCUCCAGCCCUGGCGAAUUUCCCAGCUCAGGACGUUCAGCCCCCCUGACCGAGAGGGCAGCUCCCCAUGGAGCCUUAUCAACAUUACCAUCGCCGACCCCAACGGCCUUAUUGUCAACCCAGCAUCCUGUGCUACGAAAUGGACCCUGGAAGAGCUGCCUUACGGCCAUGUCAACGCCUGUUCCGACAUCCCGGGCGGACAAUGGACCUUCGCGAUGCUCGAGUCGGAUGCCGCCAACCCCUCACCGACGACCGAUUUCAAGGUGCGGUUUGAGCUAAAGAAGGGCGAUGAGGCAUUCGAAGGAACAGAGAACUUCAAGGUCGGGGACAACAUGCGCGGCCUGUGCUCGGCAGGCGGAGUGUGUUCGUUUGAGCUGAAGGAGGAGAAUACCCCGUUUCUUGUCACUCAAACUAGAAUUGAGGAGGCAAUUUGAGUACGAUUUGUGAUUGGGACGUCAUGAAAGGGCAAGGGUACCUAUCCAACAUAAGACACAGGGGGUUUGCUCAGCGUUUGGAAUAAAUGGAUCACCUCACGGCAGGUGGGCUUUCGCUGCCCAGCUUCGUCUAUACACAUUCCCCCGGGUUCCAAGAACGCUUAGAGGACCCCAUCGGGCUCUCAGUCUUUGCAGAAUACUGGGUGGGUGAAUACUCAGGUACAUGUACCUAAUCAAGAGGUUGUGUCACGGUAAGGUCUCGAAGGCAUUUCGGGAAUGGGGUAAACUGUGUGACCUGGAACCAACCGCAU